GGCAUUUUCACCCUUGUAAACAAUUUCUAUUUUUAGACAUUUAUUUCAUAUUUUAUAAUAUCUGGCUCAUGAUUGCCGACACGAUCCAAACUUUACUGUGCAUUCCAUUACAUGUAAUUUUCUUUAUCAAUUGUCAGAAAUAUUUGCUUACUUACUCUGAAGAGUAUACAUUCUUUUACUAUUAAUAGCUUUUUCUUUGAACACUUGUGAAAUCAAUUAGUGUCACACUAAUCAAAUGAAGCCGAUUUAUUUAGAGUAACUCGUUGAACAAACUUAAUUCGCACCUAUGUCAUUUUCCUUUUUCUUCGGUUUAGAAGCUAAAAGCCGAAGGGUAAAUUGUCCUUUUUGAUGUCAGCUUUCAAGCCAAUUGCUCUUCACACUUUGUUUUUACAAUUGUUGACAAGAUUAACUCAGGGCCGGACAGGGGACGCUAUCUUGCUUUGUCCGAUCACUUUUUCCUCGGACGGCAAGAAAUAAACAUCUGAAUUUAUAUUCAACGUCUCCUGUCCUAUUUUCAGGUAAUGAAACUUUUUACUUAUAUACUUUGUGCAAAUUUAUUGUUUAUAUCAUGUUCUAUAUCAUUUGUAUGAAUGCGUUGUUUGUGACUUCAUAUUGACACUUUAUUUCGGAAAUGUUUAUUUUGGAAUUUGUUACUUAGUCUUUUUAUUUCAUUGUUUGCGGUCUUCAAAUCUUUAAGACUGAUUCCUUUGAAAUUUAUUUUCUUGUUUUAUCUUAAUGUCCAAAUUUAUAACCUGUUCAAAUUUGUUAACCGGAAAGUUAUUAUCCCUCUCUUUCGACUUUAACGGCUAUAAUCGCCUCCGGUGCAAAAAUGAAAAUAGACGCCUGCGACUCUUUUGUCUUAACUUUGAUCAGUGUCCAAUAUGCAAGUUUUACCUGCGUUCAACUUACUACGUCAUUUAUCAAAGUUAAAAAUAUCACCCAAAACUCGGUGAUAAAGUGGUGGACUGAAUCCAACGAUCCCAGAUGAAAAAGAACAGGCCAAUUAACUACACCAUACAGACAAGACAAGCAACUGCUGCAGAGGAACAAUCCUAUCUCCAAAUUGCAGAGACCAUAUCAACUGAACCUGAGGAGCAAACAGCAACCAUAAUCCUUACAGCAACAAAUUCAAGGGAAUCUAUCCCUGAUUCAGAGGAACAGAUAACCCCACCUGAAACUUCAGCUGAAGAAAAUAAUAGUACAACAACCCCUGGCACUCCAGCAGACGAACCACUAGAUACUUCAGCUGAAAAUAACAUAACAGAAGAAGAAUCAUCAGAAGAAGAAAAUUCAGAAAACAACAUUAUGGCAACUGGAUUUAGUUUCCCCAAAUUCAAUGGAUCAGAGUCACCUGUGAUCUGGUUAUCCAAACUUGACGCGUGGCAACAGUUCCAUAACUAUGCCGAUCAGAAAAUCCUUGCCAUGCUACCCUGUGCAUUAGAAGGAAGUGCUAGUACGUGGUUUCAAACAUUGCAGCCUCCCUGCAACUCACUAACAGCAUUCAAGAAACAACUCACAGACAGAUUCCAACCUAUUUUAUACGGCAUGCCACUGAUGGGUAUUCGACAAGAUACAAGUGAAACCAUGGACCAGUAUCUUGAAAGAGCUGAGAAAAUCAGCAUGAUACAUGACAUGGCUGAACUUUACAAAGUGCAGGCCAUUGCUUCAGGACUACUUCCUCCUUGGCGUGGGAAAGUUCUCUCCCGAGAACCGAAGAGCUUUCAGGAACUUAGAAACACUAUCUCCAAAGUUCAAGUUGAACUUAGCGACCUUCCACAGAAUUUGAACCAUUCCAGUGACCAUAGCCUCGCUCACCUGUGCACCACCCUCGCGACCCAAAUGACAGAACUGACAAAGAGCAUUAAAGCCGAUAUAAGUGCGCUCCGUGUAACCAGUGAACCCGACCAGUCCUCACAGCAGCGUUGGACCAACCAACAUGGUGGACGACCACGGUACCACAACAAUCGCAGAGACAUGAACCAGAGAUCCAGACAGUACGAGAGAGAGCCACGAGAGUACGAAAGCUGUAAAGGAUGUGGUGGAAGUGGACUUAAACACCUGCUACUUCUGGUUCUUUUCUUGUGUCUUGGUACCCCUGGAAUUGCCACAAACACCGACAACACCAUCCAACGGAUCAAUUAUGGCAUCAUCUUUGAAAAAUCAACAAACAUCUUCUUGAGUCAAGAAAACUGGCUCCACACCUUCCAGAUUCAACUCCCAAAGAAGAUUCAUCUCGACUCCCUAUAUUGUAACAUGCCAAAAUGCAAGACAGUCGGCCAUAUUAUCAAAUCAAUUAACCUUCUACGUAUGCAGUGUAUGGCCAGUGUAAACACCACCGUCAACCAAAUCCAUCACUUAAUUCCUUCCACAACAUUACCUCCACAACAAACAUACAUUGGAUCAUCUAGACAAAAGAGAGGACUUUUCGAUUUCGUGGGUAAAAUUUCAAAAUCACUCUUCGGUACUGCAACAUCAGAUGACAUUAACGCAUUAAAACGACACAUGCAGACUCUUAACAACAACAAUGUAAAAUUAGCUCAAGCCAUGGCCCAACAAGAUCAUCAUCUGUCAUCCUUCAUUUCAACAGUAGAUAAGCGCUUCAACAAUGUAAUGUCUGCAGUCCAGAAAAACCACCAGGACGCCAUCGCUUUAUCCAACCUGGCUCACAGAUCAAUGGAUGCUCUGGAACACGAAUUUGUCAUACUGAGUGAACUCAUCUUCAGACAAACCAAUGUCACAGCACAACUAGAAAAAGAACUCGAGCACGUGAAGCUUGGAAUUCAUGAUAUCACCAAAGGAAAAUUAUCCCCGUUUCUUCUAUCUCCUGACAUCCUACAAUCCUCACUUAGACAAGUACAAGAUAUUCUUUCAAACAAAUUCACACAAUUUCACAUUUCCCACAAAAAUCCUCUGUAUUAUUACUCUCAGGGAGACUUCAUUUUCACUAGACUUCAUUCACACCUUUAUCUAACCCUUAAAAUACCCAUUUCACCAUACGUCCGCCCAGUGUCUAUCUACAAAGUAUUUUCAUUUCCUGUUCCUGUCAAUUCUUCAUCAAAUCAUGCCACGCAACUCCUUGAUACUCCAGAAUACUUCAUUACCACAGAAGACAAUCAACACUAUGCAACUAUGACAUCAAACCAAUUAUCACACUGUAGUGGGACAACGACAUUAUUCUGCACCUUUAAUAUCGCCUUGACUGCCCCUGCAUCUCCCAAUUGCCUCUCUUCAAUCUUCUUUAACCAAAAAGAAGACACAACCAGACUAUGUGACUUUCGGCUCCUGCUAAACUCAUUGAAACCAUCCAUUUCUGAGAUUUCACCUUCACAUGUUUUACUGUACCAAACAACAACAAUUGCACUUGAUUGCUCCUCGAGCCAGAAAAUUCUCAAAGGCUGCACAUUCUGUGUUAUGAAGAUUCCUUGCAGAUGUUCCAUAUCAACACACAACUUAUACCUUCCACCUCGACUUGGCAAGUGUAACAACAACACUGAUAAAAUUUUUACCCUUCACCCUAUCAACCUGGCUCUCCUCCAACAAUUCUUCAAACAAGACUCUUAUUCGGAUAUAUUUGGCGACACCAUCUUUCAAGAAUUUGUAGAAGUGAAACUUCCGAACUUUAAUAUAUUUAAUCAUUCCUUCUCCAAGUUUGUUGCCAAUGACAGAAACCAUCAUCUAAGUUUGAAACGUAUAGCCAGUGCCGUCAAGAGUGAUGGGCAGGUAUUCAAGACAUUAGCCGAAUCCAUGAUUGCAGGCCAAGUUGAAUUUGCUGUUGAUAAUUGGCCCGAUACUAGUGGAAUCAUCGCCAUCAUUGCAACAUCCCUGGCAACCUUUGGUUUUAUUUUCAGUAUUUGGUCUUGUUACAAAAUCAGAACAGUUCUAAUGCCAUUACUUCUCCUCCAUCAAACUCAUUCUGUCUCUGCACUAACACCUAAACCACCAUUGUCUUUUAUUUACCAAUCCCCAGAAUCUACUAACCCAACUACCAUUGAUGAGCAUGUCUACUCAUCCUUCACCACUCCUUGGCCAUAUGUCUCCCUCUCAGUCAUAACAACUCUUCUUGUGAUUGCAUGCAUAAGUUACCUCUGGAGCAAAUUUGUCCAGACUCACCUAACAACCAUUCACUUAGAAAUUACCACUGGACCAGUGUGUGAACUAAUACAGAUAACCACAUUGCCUCUCUGCCCUAACAACUGGCACAUACAACCACCUCAGGAUGUUUCCUCUAUUAACAUUACCAGAAGUUAUCUUAUAUUUCAUUACAUUGAAAUACAGUGCACCCCAAUUAACAUUACUAAUGUGCAUACUAACCGCUCUAUAACUGUGAAAACAACUCAACUUAUCUCACCAUUCAAAGCACGUCGCAUUAAUAACAUUCUACGUCACCCCUAUACUGCUUACUUCCUCCUCUCACACCAUCAAUAUUUUACACUCUUAAACUAACAUCUAGUUGUUCCUUUGUCUGGACCAUUUCUCGGCAUGACUUACAGUGAGUGUGCAUGAAUGAAAGAUGAUUAUUCUUUUUCAUUUGUAUCCUGUUGUAUAUAUGUUAACAUUUGCAUUGAUUUCAUGUACCUUAUUUUUUUUUUCACUUGAUACAUCAUCAUGUUCUUCAAUUUCUUUUAUCAAUGGAAAUGCAUUAAUUUUUUUAGUCUUCAUUAGUUCUAUAUAUCAUUGAAUGUUUACAUCUGUGUACAUAUUCCCUUUAACCCUAAUGGUUCAUUUCCUAUUCAAUUUCAUUCAUUUUUUUAUAACACAUGUACUUUUUUUAAUCUUUGAGGACAAAGAUUUUUUUCAACCAGGAGGGUAUUAUCAUAUGGGCAUUUUCACCCUUGUAAACAAUUUCUAUUUUUAGACAUUUAUUUCAUAUUUUAUAAUAUCUGGCUCAUGAUUGCCGACACGAUCCAAACUUUACUGUGCAUUCCAUUACAUGUAAUUUUCUUUAUCAAUUGUCAGAAAUAUUUGCUUACUUACUCUGAAGAGUAUACAUUCUUUUACUAUUAAUAGCUUUUUCUUUGAACACUUGUGAAAUCAAUUAGUGUCACACUAAUCAAAUGAAGCCGAUUUAUUUAGAGUAACUCGUUGAACAAACUUAAUUCGCACCUAUGUCAUUUUCCUUUUUCUUCGGUUUAGAAGCUAAAAGCCGAAGGGUAAAUUGUCCUUUUUGAUGUCAGCUUUCAAGCCAAUUGCUCUUCACACUUUGUUUUUACAAUUGUUGACAAGAUUAACUCAGGGCCGGACAGGGGACGCUAUCUUGCUUUGUCCGAUCACUUUUUCCUCGGACGGCAAGAAAUAAACAUCUGAAUUUAUAUUCAACGUCUCCUGUCCUAUUUUCAGGUAAUGAAACUUUUUACUUAUAUACUUUGUGCAAAUUUAUUGUUUAUAUCAUGUUCUAUAUCAUUUGUAUGAAUGCGUUGUUUGUGACUUCAUAUUGACACUUUAUUUCGGAAAUGUUUAUUUUGGAAUUUGUUACUUAGUCUUUUUAUUUCAUUGUUUGCGGUCUUCAAAUCUUUAAGACUGAUUCCUUUGAAAUUUAUUUUCUUGUUUUAUCUUAAUGUCCAAAUUUAUAACCUGUUCAAAUUUGUUAACCGGAAAGUUAUUAUCCCUCUCUUUCGACUUUAACGGCUAUAAUCGCCUCCGGUGCAAAAAUGAAAAUAGACGCCUGCGACUCUUUUGUCUUAACUUUGAUCAGUGUCCAAUAUGCAAGUUUUACCUGCGUAAGUAACUUUGUUCAUUGUUUUUACAUAUGCAUUUAGUUAGAUUUUGUCAUGUUUAUUUGAUAUGCUUAUUUACAAGUCCUUUUUAUGGUCAGUACAUGUGCACUUUUCAAGAGGUCUUUUUGUAAACAGGUAGCAAUGUAACAUUUUACCUGUAGCGUUCCUUUGCAUAGUUGUUACCGUAUGUUUUGUAUGUGUAGUAUAUACUUAAUUUCUCAUAGCCGCUUACUCUUUGUUUGUGUGUUUGUUUAGUAAUUACACCCCCCCCCCCCAGCUCAAUUUUGAUACCGGAAGUUGUCACCGGAAGUCUAUGUAAUAAUGUAAACAAAACCAUGUGCUAAUGUUUUGGUCUAUUCUUUAUUAAAGUCAAGUCCUUUUACAAUGCCAAGUGAACUUUAUCAUUUGAGUAAAUUUCCCCAUUUGAAGUUAAUUCCCAUUUGAAGUUAAUUAUCAUUCAUAUUAUAAUUUCCAUUUGAGUUAUAUUUCCCCUUUUUAAUAUUGUGAUAGACUUUCAUUUAUUUUCACUUCAGUCCUGUAAUGUUGAGUAUGUUUUGUUUUAUUAAGGUGCCCUUACACUUGAAAUUAUAGUGUCACCUCAUAUUCUUUUAUUACAGUGAUUGUAUAAUGCGUCUUAGGCAAUGUUCUUUUUAUUUAAUCAAAUGUGUAAGAUUUGUCUUAAUGGUGAUCUGUGCACAUGUUACUGCAAGCCACCCCAUGUUUGUACUAUUUAAAGUGGCAUUACUGGCAUUAUUUUUGUGAUUAUUAGUGAUUGUCUUUUACUACACUUUUUCCUUGGACGGCAAGAAAUAAACAUCUAAAUUUAUAUUCAACGUCUCCUGUCCUAUUUUCAGGUUCAACUUACUACGUCAUUUAUCAAAGUUAAAAAUAUCACCCAA